AUGGAUGCCUCUCCUCCACUGAAGCGGUCGUCAACGGACGCCGGUUUGGAUUCUCCAAAGGGCUCGAAUCGCUCAGAUUCCCGUGCACCAGCACCAAGGAUAUCGAAAGCCCGCGCCUGCGCGGAAUGCAAGCGCCAUAAAAUCCGUUGCGAAUUCAGGGCUGGCGAAACCAAUUGUACGAAAUGUGUUCGCAGCGGGAUCAAGUGCGUGGUGAACGACUUCUCCCAGAAGUUCGUCGAUGAUGAUGGAGUAUGGAAGUCACAAGCGACCACGACACUGCAGCAAUUGCAGACUGCCGUUGGGCAAUUGUUGCGACAGGCGGGAUUGCCCGAUCUCUCAACAUAUACGACCGGUGAUGCCCGUAAUGGUCUUAGCCCAGCUGCCUCGCACCAUAGUCACCGGCCAUCGAUUGAUGCCUCACAUACGGCACAAACACAUACAAGUCAUCAUGAGGGACCAGGGGUAGUGAUGGACGUCACUCGGGAACACUCCCAAGAGCCCGACCUUCAAGAUCCGGAACUCGUUCCGGCACCCAUGCGCAGCUUAUACGAGGUCACCAAGUUGCGCAAUCUACGGAAUAAUCAUAUAGAGGCACCUAAAACGACGCUUUUAGAGGAAGAUUUUAUCUCGAGGGGCUUGAUCUCACUCCAUGAGGCGGAGGAACUUUUCGCAUACUUCAGUCGCACCAUGAACCAACUCCUUUGGGGUGGUAUCAUUCUGGUCCACCGUGAUUUGACGUCGGUUCGACGCGCAUCAACGCUUCUCUCCGCCGCUGUUCUGACGGUUGCAGCGCUUCAUAUUCCUAACCGGACUGACACAUUGAAUUUAUGCUAUCGCGAAUAUGUAUCUUUGGUAUCAAGCAUGGCCUUGACCCGAGCUCACACGCUUGACGAUAUUCGAGGUCUCUGUGUUGGAGCAUUUUGGUUGUCGGAGUUGAGCUGGAAGCUAUCCGGGCACGCAGUGCGCAUUGCGACCGAAAUGGGCUUGCAUCAGAGCUACCAGCGCUUGAUUCGUGGGAAUACUGAUCAAUACGAGCGAGCCCAGUUGUGGUAUCUACUAUAUGUUUGCGACCACCAUUUUAGUAUCGCCUAUGGCCGACCGCCUGUCAUACACGAAGAUGUGGCCAUUCGAAACUACGAGACCUUCCUUGAUGACACGGAGCAAGCCGUGACGGAGGAAGAUUUUGGGCAGUUGAGGGUAUAUAACGUUGCGGUUGAUCAAUGGAGAUUGCUUUGGCAGCCUCGGUCAGGCGACAGUUCGUACGUUCGAACGUAUCCAUCCAAGGGUGUGGUACUGCACUACCACUUUGCCAAAUUCCAACUCAACUCACUAUCUUUGCGUGCCCUCUCCCCCUCUAAUACCCCGGUCUUCUCCAUGGAUCGCAAGGAAUCUGCCAACAUUGCCAUAUCAUCCGCGAUGGCCUGUCUGAAUAUGGUCCUCGAGGAACCCGAUAUCCGCGACGCGAUCGUGGGGGUUCCCAUUUUCACGCACACUAUGGUGACAUUCUCUGCGGUUUUCCUACUCAAGGUCGCUAUUAACUGGAAUUCGGCAUACCUAAGUAUCAAUGCUCGACAGGUGCGGCGCUUGGUCGAGCGGGUGAUUGAGCUGAUGAAUUGCGUCUCGGCGGGCGAGCGACACUUGACACGGCACAUCGCACGAGGAUUGGGUAAGAUGCUUGAGCGUUUCGACUCAUGGGAGUCGGGUUGGCAAAUUGGAACGAAUAAUGGGGUGGUGGAUGGACAAGAUGUACCAGGGGGUGCCAAUGCGAUGGCGCAAGGAUUUCCACCACCGGACCUGAUCUACGACAUGGUCGGCACUUAUGGGUUCGGGCUCGACGAGAACCUGUUAGACCCGAGCAUGGCCAACUUUGAAUUCUUGGCACAAAGUAAGAAAAUCGAGGGGGGGGGACACGGGUCUCCCCCAUCUUCCCCCGUCCGCGCAUCCCCCCCCCAGCUCCAGCUCCACCGGACCGUGCCCUCGGCUAUUCUCUUCCUUUCCCUCCCCCUCUGUACUUCCCUCCUUCCUUUCCCCCUCAAACCUCCCCCAACCACCUCCCCCCCCAUAUCUUCCAUCCCCAUCAUCCCCGAUUCCGUCAUGUCCACCCGCAAGAGAAAGAAUGACCCGGAGGAGGAGCUUCAGGCUCUCCCCAGUGACGAUAGCGAAGAAGAGGAAGAAUAUGAGGACUCUGAGCCCAAUCUCAGUGAUGAGGGCGAAGAGGUAGAUGAAGAGGUCGAGUCCGAGUCCGACGAAGAUGAAGAUGAGGAAGCUGAAGCUGAAGCCGAGGCUGAAGGUCCCCCAGCAGCCAAGAAGCAGAAAACCGCCCCCGCCGCUGACAAAACCGAAGUCACCGAGAACGGCGCCAACGGUGACAAGGAUGGCGAGGGGGAGGACGAAGAUGAAGAUGAAGAUGAAGAAGAAGCAGAGGCUGUCAACGAUGAAGAUGAGGAAGUUGAGGCUGCUGCUGAUACGGCGAAGACCAGCGGUCCUGCUGAGGCCGCGGCAAAGGCCAAGGGUGGAGAGGUCCCCAAGGAGUCGGAUCUCGCUGAGGUUGACGAUGCCGAGUAA